CGCAAGAGCGACAGCGACGAUCUUCGUCUAUUCGUUCCUACAGAAAGAGAGAGGGAAAGAGAGAAAGAGGGAGAGAGAGAGAGAGAGAAGAGAAAGAUAGAUGGAGAGAGGGAGAGAGAGAGAGAGAAAUGUGCGCGGAGAGACAGCGAUAGAGGGAGACGGAGUGUAAGAGCUAGAGAGAGAGAGAGAGAUAAAGAGAAAGAAAGAGAUAGAAUGAACGAACUAGCAAGUGUAAGGCCAGCAUUUCAUUUAUCGUACGCUGAGUAUUGUCGGAUCUGCCGAUUGGCUGGUGGCAGCGCGCAUGCGGUCGCACAUACGGCACAUUUGUCGUGCAGUAUGUAGUAUAACCUUCACUGCAUUGUUUAUCGGCCGGCCGCCAUAUUGUAUCGUAUACGAGACGUCGCAAGUCGGUCUCUGUGCUCGACUUCGUUACGACGAAAAUCUGACAACUCUCCGACUGAUGCCCCCCCACUUGUUGGGAACCAAUCGGAGACCCACCAGUGGCAGGUUGAACAGUAAAAUCUCUGAGCAUAUUUCGGCAUCAGUAACUCCCCUCCAUGUUUGUCUGGAGGAACAAAGAGGACCAGAACUGGGCUCAUGUGACGCCUCAGCUCACAAGCCUCAGGUCAAAAACACCUUUGAGAAUCAAAAGGCAGAAGAAGAAGUUCCCGAGGAGGCAGAGGGUGCAUCAGUCGAAAUCGAAGCAGAAGAGUUAAAACAGAGCCAAUCGAGUAUGGCCAAUACUAUCAGCAACAUGAAAAUGACUAAUCCCAUCAAGGGACUGGUUAGCAAACGUCGUAAACGUUUUACAGAAGAUGGUUUUGAUCUUGAUCUCACAUAUAUAAGAGAUAAUUUAAUAGCAAUGGGUUUCCCUGCCGAGAAGCUAGAAGGAGUGUACAGAAAUCAUAUUGACGACGUUGUUAAGUUGCUGGAAUCCAAACAUAAAGAUCAUUACAAGAUUUAUAAUCUGUGUUCUGAGAGGUCCUACGAUUGCAAAAAGUUCAAACAGAGAGUAGCUACUUAUGCAUUCGACGAUCAUAAUCCACCGAAGUUGGAGCAAAUCAAGCCGUUCUGCGAGGAUGUGCACGAGUGGCUCUCCCUACACAAAGAGAACGUAGCCGUGGUCCAUUGUAAGGCGGGUAAGGGUCGAACGGGCGUGAUGGUGUGUUGCUAUUUACUCCAUAGCAAGCAAUUUGUCACUGCCAUGGAUGCUCUUAAUUAUUACGGAACUAAACGGACGCACGACAGGAAGGGAGUGACGAUACCUUCGCAGAGGAGAUACGUGGAUUACUAUGCAACUCUGGUUCAAGGAGGUCUCAAUUAUCAACCGGUGACAUUGAUACUUCGUAAAAUACAGCUGGAUCCAGUCCCCAUUUUCAACGGCGGUCAAGGAAGUCUACGUUUUGUAAUCUCGGAAUCUAACAAAAGGAUAUUUACGGAAGAUUACGAGGUACGGAAAGGUACCUCUUCUAUUAAUAUCUCGCUGGAGAGCUAUGUAGCGUUAACGGGAGAUAUACGAGUGGAUUUCUUCAAUAGGCCGAAAAUGAAACGGAAGGAGAAGAUGUUUCAUUUUUGGUUCAACACAUUUUUCGUCCGAGAAUACACGACUUCCGACUACGACAAUGGCGAAUUACCGAGGUCGACAAGGGCAUUGAGCUGCGACGGCACGGCUAUGGAGUCGCCGAUGGUUAUGCCGCACGUGAGAUCUAGAACCGGAUCGUUAGCGAGCCUUGGUCCCAUGCCGCCUACUCUUGUUUUACGGAUAGACAAGUGGGGAUUGGACGAUGCACACAAGGAUAAGAAUCACAAGCAGUACAGUUCAGAUUUUAAAGUGAGUCUAUUUAUGCAUUGCGUGGGCGGGAGCAUAUCGCCGGCUGUGCCGGCGACGACGAACAGAACCGGGGACGGUGUGCAGUCCGGGCAGGAGACGUCGAGCGAGUCCAGCGAGGCUGACAGCAGCGAGUGCGACACCACCGGCGAUGAGGACGGUUGGGAUUCUGUGGACUUGGGCCAGCGCGUCGGCCGGUACCGUCUUCUAUCAGAUGGAGGGAUGAUAGAUCUUUUGUGAGCCCAUCGCCAAUCACCCCCUAAUCAUCUUUCUCGACUUCGGUGUCAUUGGCAUUUUAAUUAUCAGACACGUACACACAUACACACACAUGCACACCAACACACAUAGACACGUAUUAUAUAUAAUAUACGUAUACAUAUAUGCGCGCGUGCCACGCAAACAUUAUAUGUAGCGCGUUACACAGAGACAACACCGCGAGAAACUUACAUCCGUUAUCAUCGCCGAGACAACACACGCACGCACACACACACACACACACAUUCGGCGUCUACUACGUUUAAUUACAUUUAAGCUUUUGUACUUGAGUUAGCAUUUUGUUUACGCUACAUAAAAGGAAGCCAUUGUGAUUUUUUUCUACGUAAAGAAGAAAAAGCAAAAAAAAAGAAGAAGAAAGGUAGGAAGGAAGGAAGGCAGGCAGGAAGAAAGGAAGGAUAUAGAUGGAAAGAAGGAAGGAUAGAAGGAAGGAGGGAGGGAAAUCGAUACUAACCGCUAUCUUGCCGUCACGAUUGAUUAUGAUUUCGCGUGAUCUUGUUGCGCGAGCCGAAGCGAUUGAAGAUUAGGUUUUGCGAGAGUGAUUUAAGUGCAUUGUAGUGUGAGUGCUGUUAGUGGACGAUGAACUGGAAGCGGAAGCAGCGGCGAGCGAGAGAGUAUUUAUUGUCCGUGUAAGAAUCUAAUCAAAAUUAACGUACUCUUCUCACAGAUUCACUAAUAACUCUUACCGUUCGUGUAACCACACUUUGUUGUGCAUUAUUUUUCUUUUUCCUUUUUUUUUCUUCUCAAAUGAGUUUUGUCGUUUCUGAACAACGUCGAGCUCUCAUAUCAUUCUGCAUGACACGAUGAUGCUUUCUUUUUCUUUCUCCUCCGCUUGUCGAAUGGGUGUCGAACACACAAACAAUUUUCGACAUGUCGAGUGAAGUCGACGUGAAGAUUACGACAUGCGAAGAUUGCAAGUGAUGUGUAAAGAUCAUUGUACAUCGUCGACAUUUCUGUUAGGGAAUAGCGCGACGUCACACGACUGAAUUAUCCAUAGCGAAAAUUGUCCGCGUGAGGCGGAAACUCAGACGGAAAUUGUUGAAAACUCUGUAUGUGUGAGUGGCGCCGCUUGUACAUUGAACGUACGAUUUUUACAAUUUGUCACGAGUGGGUUUCUAAAUUCUCGCGUAACUAUAAUCGGUGCGUUUCCGAUAUGCUUUUUUAAUCUAAACGCGACGAAAACAAAAGAUCUCACCAUGGAUUACUCUGACAGCACGAAUAGCAUUCGAUCGAACGCGACUCGAGAUUUUAGUUUUGCAUUAACUUUGGAGAUUCUGUCGAUGAAUCAACGGCACACAUUUUAUACAAUAUAAAUCUGUUAUAAUACUUUUCUUUGCACAGACCUGUGAUCAAUGGUUUCUCUUGGUUCCGUUUCAUUUUUCUGACAAGUACGUACAUACGCGCAAGUAUGUACUUGUCUGUGUAUAUAUAUACACACAUACAACACACAACCAAACUCCUCUCAAAAUGACAAAUAUAGAAACGUUGUGUCCGUUAAGUAGAAAGAAAGCACGGUCAAAAAACAAAUGAACGGGCUAUAUGGCGUAGCGGAAAUGCAUGUUUAUAUAUGAAUAUGAACUAUAUGGACUGAGAUGAAGAAGAGAGAAAGAAAAGAAAAAGAAGAAGAAAAAUAAGAAGAUAAUGCUGUAAAGAAACGAAUAUUUUCAUAAGAAUAAAAUAUCGUAUAUAAGUCAAUAAUAACGUCUAGAGAGAAAAUAAUAUGUGGAAUAUCCGCCAUCGAUUUUCUUCGCUGAAACAGCCGGUUCUCAUCGUGCAUCCCCGCGAGAGUCUCUCUCUCUCUCUCUCUCUCUCUCCCCCUUUCUCUCUCAUUCACUGUUAAAUUUUCGCGCAUACACUCACAGUCGAGCGAGAUCUCGCGAGGGUAGAAACAAAAUUUGUUGUGUAUAGUAGAGUUCAAUAUUGACUAGUAAUAACGCGCAGUCUCGGUGUGAAGCCGAGAUCGAAAAAGUGAUCGUUGAAUUCGUCGGAGAAUUCACAGCCAAGGCAAGUCCCUCGCGACACCUUUCCGGGAUUAUCUCCGUGCGCGCGCACAGCCUUGUACUUUGAUAAAAUUAUUACGACUAUCUCGUGACGCACCGCGCGUUAAAAGAGGAACACGUAUUGUUACUAUAUUCGCGGACACUUUUCCACUGUUAUACAAUUCGGAAAUUUCGGUCGAUCCCCGAAAUCUUUCGUCUCUCCUGUGCGCGCGACGGUUCUUUUCGAGGAUGAAUAUUUUCCAAGAAAGGCACGAGAGUACUUCUGCGCGAGCGUACAAACGAAAUCCCAUUUUUCCCAUUUAAUGUUCAGCGCUAUUUUAGCUUACAGAAUGUUUAAUAGAGGCACACGCAUACACAUACAAUGUAUGAAUAUGUAGAUACGUCUUGCGCGCAAGGAUCUCCGUUGCGCGAUCUACGGGGAUUCUUGCGCAGGUUCACGUGUUCACAGCUGAAACUCUCAGGCUCAGCUUCUUCGGCAAUCACCAACUUUUUUCCAGUGCAAUUUUCGUUGUUCCGAUCCGCAUCGGCGACACUUGCGGAGCAUUGUUUGAGCGCCACAUAAUUGCGAGAUACAACUCGUAUCGGUCGUGCACCGCGACCAGUCGUUUCUCAGAGCGUGUCAGCGUCAUCUCCUCACGCGAACGUGGACAUUCGACGAGCACCUUUUCCUGCAUUUCAUUUACACUCUUACUUGACCCCAGGUUCGGAGGUCGUUGACUGUUGCGUAAUCGCCGAGGAGAGCUCGCGACUAGAUACGAUUUUUUCGAUUAAUAAAACCUACAGGAAAGAUUAGUGAUUUGUCGCGGCGACUUGCCUUUGAAACGAUGUUUGCCCGCGAACUUCGAACUAUAUCGACUCAUUGUAUUAUUCAUUGAUCGAAUUUUAUAGUUCCUCUGAAACAGUUUCUUCGUUAAAGAAACCCACUGAAGGCCAUGGUUGUUUAAAAAAUCUUUUUUAAUUGGAAAAUCAGUCUAUUCAUUUCAAAUUAAUACAAGAGAGUACUGGAGGAAAUUUUUACCUAAUUUUUAACUUUUACUAAUUAUUUUUUCUUAGGCGGGAAAAUUGAGCACUGUGAACAUGAGAACGAAAUUUUAUAUUAUUCAAAUGAAAGAGAGAGAGAGAGAGAGAGAGAGAGAGAGAGAGAGAGAGAGAUUUUAUGUUCAAUAAAAAAGAAGUGUCCUAUAAACGAGACACCGGGGCUACGAUUGAGUUAAAAUACAGGACAAUUUUCAUAGAAUGAAACCACAAGUUAAACAGCUGCGAGCUCAGCCAGGUCAAAGUUCCACUAUAUUUUAUGACCAUUAGACUAUCGGUAACAUGACAUUUCCAAGUAUCGAAGAUACAAUUCGACGAGCUCGAUUUGAGAAUAAAUUCAGAGAAGAAAAAAGAGGUUCUCGCGGAGGGUCUGUAUCGUUUAUUAAUCGAAAAAAGAAAAGGAGAGACGCCCGGUUCGGCGGGGCUCGUUCCCGCGCGGAGUGAGCGGGAAGAGGGGAUGCACCACACACGCUUCCGUGCCGUCGAUAGCGAAACCACCCACGGAGGGGGAGGGAGAAUCAACGAGGCCACCGUUUUUUCGAUAAUGACGUUGUACAAAGUACGUGCGCGGGAGAAAACAGAAAAGGGACAGAGAAGAAAAUGGAAAAAAAGAAAAUGCAAAACGAGAGAGGAAAGCAGACGGUCAUCCGAUUCCUUCGCUAUUUUAUGCCUGUGUACCAGCGAUUGUUACGUACACCUUUGCAUAGUGAUAGAAAAGCGACCCUUGGUGCUCGCGUUGCAGAGGCGAGUUGCAGAAACCGCCGAGGAGAAGCGUGUUUUCCCCUCGCCGAUAGAUAGGAUAACACGUCGAGUUAACGCUGCGUGCCCGAGACGAGUAAAAGGGAGUGGUAGCGCGCGAGAAACUUAUUUUUCAGUAGCGGACGACUCUCACACAACUCGAUUGUCCACCCCGGCCCGAAUGUGCCGGGAACACACCGGAGCACCACGAACGAACAGUUGCGCGAACACGACUUUUAUACAGCCGCUGAUGUGUUUCCGUUACUCCUACUUGCGCGUAGAAUUCUAUAUAUAUACGGUGAUGACACAACGCGAUACCGCGUCGUCGAUCCUCGAUCUUGUACGUCGUAAGAAUCGCGCUUGUUACAUCGGGCGGCGCAGGAGAAGGGCGAGAACGCGGCAGAGAUGUGCUUUCGCGCGGAUCUGGAGUCCAGACUUUUGCUCAACACCCGAGAAAACACUCGGGAGAAUUCGACCAGAAAAGAUCAUUCGUCGCGAGUUUCAUUGAUCACGUCACGCAUACACAUUCGCUCUCUUACCGCGAUAUCUUCGAUUGUAAUAAUGUCGUUUAAAUUUAAAAACAAAGGGAAAAAGCAAGAAACUAAAAAGAGAGAAAAGAGAGGAAAACAACCGGACCCCGCGCUCGGAGAAUACAUUUCUUCUUCCGGUUCCCCGAUCUUCCUGGCGCGCCUCGUGCUGGUGAGAACUCGCAAACACGUCGGACGAGAACUCCCCUUGUACAUUUCAUCUCGAACGGCGCGUCUGCCCGACACCCGGGACACCCGGCCGUUUUACAUUUACGCGAUAAACGUAUUUUUGUACUUUCUCCUUAUUAUUAAAUUGGACGCGGGUGCGUAUGUGCCGUACCUACACGCGCUCGUGCGUAUAAAAAUAUAUAGGAUCUCAUAUUUACAUAUUGUGAGUAUUAAUUGACGCUUACGAAUUACCGGUGAAUUUCUCAUUUAGAUGACGAGAGACGUUUCUAGAUCGGUUAGCGCGCGGGGACGAUCCGAUUAAAGAGAAGGGAAAAGAAAAGGGAGGAGGAGGUUCAAAAACAGAGAACAAAGCCGUAAGAAUAAAAAAAGGUGUGUUUUACUUCGCCGAUUUUUUAUAAGCACCAUCCGUGUCGACGAAUAAGAUUUUGUCAUAAGAUUGUGAAUAUUACGUACGUUAGUUACUGACAAAUAAAUGUUACACGAUGCAGUUUGUGUAAGAAUAUUCCUUGUAUUCUUUCGAGCGAGUUGUCACUUUCUUUAAUUCUAUCUCU